UCCCAUCUCCACCCACCCAGCCAUUCACAUUCAGCUCCGCCCCGCCCCGCAUUGUCAAAACCCCUUGCUGCUUUUAUUCAAAACAGAGCAAAACAAAGCACACUUUCUCUCUUUGACUUUGAGCUUCCACCAUCAGAUUAUUACUCAUAAAAAGGAAGCUGUGCAGUGGUGCCCAGAGCAAUGUGUUGAGAUGGGGGAGGGCAUUACAACACCAUGGAUUCUCCUCACUUUCCUACAGGACCAGAGGUGCAGCAACCAGGAAUAUAAGAAGGAACUGGAGACUUUGGAAAAUGAAUUGAAUAAGAAGAGGCCUGUGAUUUCAAACUACUCCAGUCUCUGGAGAAGCAAUCAAGAGCAUUUCAGUGAUGGUGAUGAUGGAGAGCUACAGACAGAUGGGCAUUUUUGUUCUGACAUUAGACAUUUUUGCAGAGAGAUGCAGCCUGAUGUACAAGGACGUGUCAUCGAUGUCGGUGUGGCGAGGCAAAUCGCAGCAAAUCUGAUUGAGAUCGCAGAUCAGCUGGACCAAAGUGUGGUUUCACGGGCCUCGGGUCAUUUAGCCAGGAGGAUGCAAAACAGAAUUUCACAAGACUGGACCAGCUUGCUGUCCUCCGAAGUUGAGCGCUUGAUGCGGCAGGGCAUCCCGGGGCUGCAGCAGUUCCCUCAAGAGAAAGUCAUGCUCACCCUCACCAUGGUGCUAGUGCAGAACAUUGGAGUGCAUGCUCCCACUUUGCUACGCAGCUUUUUCAGUACUGCUGUGCAAUAUAUUAAUGAAAACCUCCAGAACUUCAUAAGAGAUCAAGGAGGAUGGGGAGGAAUUUAACCAUGGAAAGGGAAUUCCAGCUGCCAUCUCUGGUUAUGUUGCCAACAUUUCCAUGUUACAUGCUUUAUGAUGGGGGGGGGGGGGGGGGGUUGGUGGAAAGGAAAAUGUCCAGAUGUUCAGGGACCACUUUUGUUUGUUUCUUUGCAAUUUUUCAAAAAGUGUUAAGAACACUUCGUUUUGUAUAUUGGUUUUUUUUUAUUGAUAAUUCUUAACUUGUACACAGUACAUUAAAAAUGAAAUCAAUGCAGUUUGUGCAAACAAUUUAGCAUAAGCUCCUGCGUUGCCUAAAGUCUUAUAAAAGCAAUUUAUGUAGAGCUGUUUAAAAUAUCUGUAAUGUGCAUUGUAAUGCAUUCUUUUACCGUAAUAAAUACUGCAUUGAAAAAAAGCUUUUCUGCCUCU